UAAUAGCCAUUUAACUUGUUCAUUCGUGUAAAUUUCACCCCUACGACUGAUUAUAGCCGGUUUCAAUGGACUGGUCGAUCCUACGUGUCAGUAUGAUCCUACGUGGCAUGUAGGCUAAUGUUAUUAAAAGAGGGGUGUAUGCGGUUCCUUGAUUGUGCCCUAAUACCCCCGAUGGCUUCCUCCUCCAGCUUCUCAUCAUCCCUCAAUCGAUCAAGCAAGAAAUCAACUGCGCACGAUACAAAAACUUGUGAUUGUGGGUUCCCUGCACGUAUUCUAACAUCAAAAACACCAAAGAAUCCAGGGAGGCAUUUCAUGGUGUGCAAUGAGGGUAAAUGCAAAUAUUGGAAAUGGUUGGAUGUAGAACCUGUAGAAAUGCCUCUAAUGGAAGUGGUGGAGGGAAUGAAAGUUGAAUUAAUAGCAUUAAAGACCGAAGUAGAGAAGGUGAAGGAAGACAUGGAACAAAUGAAGAAGGAAAAGUGCUCUGAUGCCAUUGCAAUGAAGGAAAAAAUAUAUAAGUUUACCAUAGGAUUUCUUUUUUUGAUCAUCGUGUAUAUGAUGAAAUGAUGUGAAUGAUGUAUUGAAAGAUGUUGUUUGAAUGGAAUGAAUGUAUUAUCUUAACUUCUUA